UCUUACUAGCCAAACAGAUUAGCACAAAACGGAAAAAAAAAAAAAAAAAGAACGAAUAUCUUUCUAGUUUCUACCCUAUAUAUGAAACAAACCCUCCCACAAAUUUCUCCAUUAUACAAUCAUUGUCGUUUUCCCUCUCAGUCGAUAUGGAUUCACAAAACCUCAAACAGCGAACUACAACCCCAACCGCCAUUGACAGCGGUGAUACCAAGAAACCCAAUAAACGCGACACUCGGAGAAGUUCAAUGGCCAAACGCGGCCUUAGGUCUCUAGCCAUUGGGAUUAUGAUCCCCGUUUCUCUAACCCUCUUGGUGAUCUACUUGGUCUCCGGUAAAGGGUAUCGGACUAAAACGGUGCCGUUUUGGUUCCCACCUCUUUGGGUCCUGCACUCUACUUCCGUGGCUUCCAGCUCCUUGAUGGGUGUCUCAGCUUGGCUAGUUUGGGCCGAAGGUGGGUUCCACAGAAGAUCAGACGUUGUUUAUCAUUACUGGGCUCAGCUGGGCUUAAGCCUGCUUUGGGAUCUGUUUGUGUUCUGGGCUGGGCUAAGUUGGCCCGGAUUGGUUUUGGUCAUGGCAAUGUUUGGGUCUCAGGUGGGCUGUUACAAGGCCUUUAAGGAGGUUAAUCCAGUAGCUAGUCAAGUGUUAAAACCGUGUCUUGUGUGGACUGCUUUUUUAACAAUACUGAAUCUGAAGUUAGUGUUCCUUUGAAGUUUUACUUUAAGACACUUAUGGUUCGUUA